CACGCACCUGACAUUGUUGUGAUUCGGCUGAAGAAGGCAGAAGAAAGCCAGGCGAAGCAACAGAUCUCCACGGUGAUGUUAUAAAGAUGGAGUUUAUUAAAGAGGAGAGUGAAGACGUGGAGAUUGAAGAAGCGUUCAGAGUCAAACAAGAAGAUCCUGAGGAACAGACAGGCCUGAUGGCGCUGAAAGAAGAGAAUCAAGAGCUGAAAGAAAAAGAAGAUAAAGCUGAGAAAAAUGAUUUUAUGACUGAAGAAAACUUUUUUAAUUGCCCAGAGACUGAAAAUACUUUGUCAAGGAAAAAAGCUAAAAAGACUGCAACUAAAGGCAAUUACACCUGCCAACAGUGUGGAAAGAUUUUUAAUCAAAGUAGAAACCUUACGGUCCACAUGAGAGUUCACACUGGAGAGAAGCCGUAUACAUGCCAGCAGUGUGGAAAGAGUUUCAGUCAAAAAGCAAGUGUUAAAGUCCAUAUGAGAGUUCACACUGGAGAGAACCCUUAUACCUGCCAACAGUGUGGAAAGUGUUUCAAUAGAAAAGGAAAUCUGUCAGUCCACAUGAGAGUUCACACAAGAGAAACCCCAUUCUCCUGCCAACAGUGUGAAAAAAGCUUCACUCAGAAAGGAAGCCUUAAAGUCCACAUGAGAAUUCACACGGGGGAAAACCCUUUCACCUGCCAAGAGUGUGGAAAACAUUUCAUUCGAAAAGCAAGUCUUAAAAGCCAUAUGAGAGUUCACACCGGAGAGAAGCCUUUCACAUGCUCUCACUGUGGAACAAGUUUUAAACAUAAAGCAACCCUUAAUGCCCACAUUAGAAUUCACACUGGAGAGAAGCCGUUUGUGUGCGGUCAGUGUGGAAAGUGUUUCAGAUUUACAGUGACCCUUAGUCACCACAUGAGAAUUCACACGAGAGAGAACCGUUCUGUAUGCCAUCAGUGUGGAAGGAAUUACACAGACAAGAAGCAUCUCAUGAAUCAUGUAAAGAUUCAUUUGGGAGAGAAGCCUUUCAUGUGCCAUCACUGUGGAAAGACCUGCAAAAACAAAACAAACCUUGAGGUUCACAUAAGAGUUCACACAGGAGAGAAGCCCUUCACCUGCCCUCAGUGUGGAAAGCGUUUCGCUCUCAAAGGAAACCGUGAGGUUCACAUGAGGCUUCACACUGGAGAGAAACCUUACCAGUGUCUAAAAUGUAAGAAGAGUUUCAUGUAUCUUAGAGAACUGAAAUGUCAUUUAGAAACUCAUUCUGAAAAGAAACUACACCAUUCAGUGUGUGACAACAUGGUUACUAAGAGGAGCAAUUUCAGAAAUCAUCUCCGUGUUCACUCUGGAGUGAGGCGGAUUAAUUGUGAUAAAAAAUGUAUUUUGCUAUCACACUUCCAGAUACACCUGAAAAGUCGAUCAGAUGUGAGACCCUAUUCUUGUUCUUUCUGUAGAAAGAGUUUUAAAUGGCUCAGAAGUUUAAAAUGGCAUCAGAAAACAUGUCUGUAUGCGAAAUCAAAGCUACUUUCACACCGCAAGUGAAUGUGGGUCAAAUGGAUUUUCCAGGGGAGUUGAUGUUCAUAAGAUAUGGAUUCGAGGUUUCCUCCCUCAGUUUCUGAUAUUUAAUUUUAUAAGUGUUCAACUGUCUCAUCCGUUAUACCAUGAGGCAGCAUAUGAAAAGUGAACUAUCUAUUCCAGUGUUGCAAAUAAUUGCAUAGUUCAUUUCUUCAAAGAAUGGAUCCGCUUGUAUAUUUGAAAUUUAAUUUCAUGAUAGGAUUGGAAAUGUAUGUAUAGAAUCUGCAGAUUCUAUGUCCUGGCAUAACAUAUGAAAGAUUUAGGUUGAGUACAUUGUAUUUAGCCUUUAAGGUAAAGAUAAUAACAUCAGAUGAAUGAUUGUGUUAAAGUUUGUAGCAAGACGUUUCUGAAAGUUCCUGUUUUCUUUAUUGUAAGUCAAAUGAACUUAUAUUACUGACUCUUACCUUUAGUCUCUAAUGACUCUUGGUGCCCGUGUCCCAUUCUUUGAAUAAUUAUGCUGAUUAGAUUUGGACAGGUCAAAUUCUUAUACCUGCAAAGUUCAUUUUCACACUUUAACAUCAUAUGCCAGUUUCCAUGUCUCUAUCUCUAAGCACUGUCCAUUAAAUGUAUAUAAAACUACAAUGUCCAGAUCCCUGGUUAGACUUGAUGACUGCAGCAAACAACAGCACUUUCUUAAUAAAGCAUUCUGCUACUUAAUAAAGAAAGCCUGAUAC